AUGGCCACAAGGCCUAAUUAUUAUUGUCAUAAAUGUCAAGCUCACAUUGGAUAUGUCACGGAUUUCGAAUGUCCUCGUUGUCACGAGAGUUUUAUUGAAGAAGCCCCAGCUCCUGAACCAGCAUCCCAAUCUCGGAGUGGUCAAAGGCGUACAGGUGGAACGUUUCAGGUUCAUGGUGGAGCACCAUUUGGUAAUGCAACAAUAGUUAUCGGUAAUGGACCAUCAGCAAAUGAUGGUAAUAAUACAAAUGGAAAUGGAGAUUUAGGAAAUUUUCUUCAAACAAUUUUAACACAAAUUGCCGGUGGACUUGGUGGUGGCGGUGGUGGUCCACAGUUUCCUUUUGUCAUGCACAAUGGUGGCGGCGGUGGUGGUGCAACUUAUCUCGACCCAACAAAUCUUGAUGCUUUUCUCACUCAAUUUUUAAAUCAAAUGGGAGAACAUAGUGGUCCAGCGCCAGCGCCUGAAACUCGUAUAAAUGCGGUUCCCACAAUAAAAGUGACUGCUGAGCAAGCUAAUGAUAAUUUACAGUGUGCUAUUUGCAUGGAUGAUUUUAAGGAAAAUGACGAAGCUAAACGUCUUCCUUGUUCACAUCAUUUUCAUGAAGAAUGUAUAUCACGUUGGCUUAGACUUCAUGGAACAUGCCCAACAUGUCGCGUUACAUUAGAUGGUGACAAUACAACAAAUCGCGAAUAUUUUAAUCUGCAAUCGAAUCAACAACAAACUUCAUCAUCUUCAUCAAAUAAUAAUCGUCGAAAUAAUGGAGAUAAUAAUGGUUCAUCUACAUCGGCUCCUCCUGGAGGAUUUCAUCAACUUGAAUUCGAUUGA